AUGUUUGUAAUGGGCACUGGCACUGGAGGCACAGUCACUGGUGUGGCCAAGCGACUAAAGGAACACAACCCAAAUUGCGUAAUCGUUACUGUCGAUCCAAAAGGCUCCAUUAUAUUCGGUGAAGGGAAGCCUGUCCUGUUUUUCGUUGAAGGAAUUGGAGGCGAUUUCGUACCAGAUGUUUUAGAUAAAUCAGUUAUUGAUAAAGUCGUGGCCCCUAAUGAUUACCAGGCCUUCAACAUGUCAAGGGAGAUUAUUAAGAAAGAAGGAUUAUUGUGCGGUGGGAGCAGUGGAGCUAUAACAUACUCUGCAAUACAGGCCGCCAAGGAGUUGAACUUUGGACCGGAUAAAAAAGUGGUUCUGGUCCUACCCGAUGGCAUCCGCAACUACAUGACAAAAUUUGUUUGCGAUCAGUGGAUGGAAGCGCAUUUGUUUAAAAAACCUCCAAACCGAGAAUUUAAGUGGUUCAAUAGAUCUAUUUCGGAAUUGAAAGUGAACCUCUCGGUACCUACCGUCAAAGGCGACAAGUCAUGCAUGGAUGCCUUAUUAGCUAUGGAUCAUGGCAACAACGUUGCAUUCAUCGUUGAUGAUGACGGAUACUUACAAGGUGUUGUAACCAAAGACAGUUUAAGAUCUGAAGCUACGAACCCUAAAUCAGGAGGAAGACUUAACUUUAACAAUAAAGUUAUUAAACAUGUUAUGAAGAAAUACUAUAAAAUCGCAAAUAAUGACAAGUCUACAAUCGGCCUUGCCUCUAGAAUAUUAGAUAUAGCGCCUUUCGUAGUCAUCGUAGAAGAAAAACUAAAUGGCAACAAUAAUGUGACAGGUGCUAUACCAAAGGGUAUUAUAACACCAGAGAUCGUCAUGGACUAUAUUAUCAACAACCAAUAA